UCGAUGGCUGCUCACGGCGAAGCUGUGGCUGUGGAGGAUGCUGACACACGUCAGCACUGGAAGUAUUCGGAGCUAUGUAGUGCUGUGCCGCGGGUGUCUGGUGGACUGGCGAAGGCAGGAGUGACACGGGGAGAGGUGGUGCUCCUUCUCAUGCCAACACACAUGGACUUCCCACUGAUAUUGUUGUCAAUACUUCACUGCGGGGCUGUCUGUGUGCCCGUAAACCCCUCCCUUAGUCCAGAGGAGCUGGUGCACGUGUUGAAUGUGAGUGAGGCGCGAUGGGCCGUGGUACACCCUGACGUGGCCCCGGCAACUGAGGCGGCCUUCUCUCUCUUCCCUCAUGGCACACUGAAGAAGAUGUGGGUCCUGGGGAACGACCCCACCAGACCCUGCAUCGCUCAACUCAUGACCCAUGACCCUGUGCCUCCCUCCACUAAGGUAAGUGGCAAGUACGGUGGCUAA